AUGAAAACUAAAAUUCAAAGAAUUCUCUAUAUGGAUAUGUUUUUUAAAGUUACACAAUCAACAGAACACUAUGUUAAUUAUAUUUAUAAGAAACCUAGUACAAUAUUAAUGACAAAUAUUAGAAUAAAUUGGCUUAAAUAUAUUAACACCAAAACACACAAACAUUUACCUGUAUUUAUAAAUGAAAGGACAGCUCGAAAGAGAAAUCAUCAGACUAUACCAUUUGGGAUUCUUUGUCAUGAUCACAUAAGGUACAAUGAAAGUACAAUAGUGGAGCAUAAUUUAAGUGACUUUGCACCUAAUACACAAUCAAAAUUUAAUUUCAAAUUAAUAGUACCACAAGAGGAUGUGAUGCAAUAUUUUACACAGUGGCAAAGGUAUAGAAAAUUUUGGUGGAGUUCUAUAACUACGACUCCUGGUCUAUUUUCUAUAAAUGAUAUGAAGUUUGGGGAAAACGCAGCAGAUGUAAAUGUUAUAGCUCAGUUCCCAUGGGGCCAUCAAAUUGUGGAAACAAUCAACAUAUAUCCAAAUACAAAUAUACCAAAUUCAAGUUGUCUCAGCUGCACAAUGUCUUUAGAAAAUGCUUUAUUUGUUUUGUUAAUGGAUGGAUUAAUUGGACAAAAUAAAACAAAUUAUUUAAGAUUACAUAAAAAUCUGGCACCUUAUAAAAUUUCAUUUGCUCUUAAUUGUAAAGAUACAAAAGAUAAACAAACCCUAGAAGAGCUAUCAAAGCUGCUAUCUUUAAAACUACAGAUGAACAAAGUAUCAACAUGGGUUCCAGAUUUUUCUCUAUCACCAGAAUCCCAAAUCGAAAAAAAUCUAGAGAUGGGUGUCCCUUAUACAGCCAUCCUGAAUGACAGCACGCUUAAAAAUGGAAUAUUUCAAUUGAUGAACAGCAGUACUAUGUUACCAGAACAAGUGCAUGUAGCUGAUUUUGAUUCAUAUGCAUCAUUAUUGUGUAAUAAAUAGAUUAUUAGUAAUAUUAUAAAUACAAUGUCGAGACUUAACAUAACGUGAUUACAGGUAAAUAGUACCUACAUACUUGAAUUUUAUUGCCUACACGUGUCGAAAUGGAUUGCAUCACUUGGUGUUCAUGGCAGGACUAGUUGUAUUAUAUACCUUUAGGUACAUACUAUUUAACUGUAGUCGCCCCGCGUUAAAUCUUUAUAGUGUACUUAAAAUAUGUGUCAACAAUGCGAAAGUAAACUAUUAAUAAUAUUAAAAGAAUGAACAACA